UGUUGGAGAAAAAAACUUUUUAAAACAAACUUCCAUUGCUGAAUCAAUAACAUAACAUACUAUUUUAUUUUUAUGCUUCCACAAUCAUUUUGCUUGCUUCUCUUGCUAUCCUUUGCUGAAAUGUUUAUCCCUGGUAAGCGCAGGAGCAACAAAGAACCUAGGUUCUAGGGGCUGAUUGGUGGCUGCAUAUUGCAUAAUGCAUAAUGAUUGUCAUUGGCUCACCCAUGUGUUCAGUUAGAAAACAGUAGUGCAUUGCUGCUCCUUCAACAAAUGAUACCAAGAGAAUACAUUUUUUUGGAUAAUAGAAGUAAACAGGAAAGUAGCUUAAAAUUGUAUGUUCUACUGAAAUCCUGAAGGAGAAGUUUUGUUUUUCAUGUCCCUUUAAGGUAAAACUCAAUCAUUUGUGUUAGUUUUUUUUGGAAUGAACAGCUUCUGUUUGGACGUUAUUUGCUGUUAUGGAUAUUAUUUGUUUGUGUUUGUUUGUGCUAGCUUGUUUCUGGACUACAUCACUAGAAUAAAGGACAAAAUAUGUAAUAUUCCUAUUUAUUAUUGUAUAUCAUUUAUUAUAUUUCAUUUUGUGAAAACCAUAGUCAGGUGGAAAGCUAGCUAAGCAGCAGCAAUGGACUACUGGUAGCGUAGCAGCUGUUGAUUGGUUGCUGCACAAUGCACAUAUACCGUCCUCUUUUCAUUGUCUUAUCUGAUAUGUUUAGCCCACACUAGUGCAUUUCUGUUCCUACUAACACAAAUAGCAUUGCAUGCAUCAUAUGUACAGUAGUCUGAAUCAUGAGCAUAAUGUUUUUGGGUUCUAUGACUUUUGAAGAUUAUUCAGAUGUCAGCUUCCAUAUCUCACUAAGGAGGACAUGGAUACACUGAAAAUUUCUAUGUGAUCAUUAGGCACAAAGUGUACACUUUGAAGUUACCAUUUUGAAAUAUGGAACAUCUAAAGAAUUUUUCCAGACUGGAUUUCCAAGCAAAACGCGAAGUCAUAAAUAAUGGAAGACCAAUGCCUGAGCUUAAAGAACUAGUUCAGCCACAGAAAAAUAUAACAAGGUCUUUUCAAACAGAGUGGUAUCAGAGAAAAGAGUGGCUGUGUGGCUGUGCUACAAAUAAUCGCCUUUACUGUUUUCCAUGCCUUCUGUUCUCCACUACCGACACCAUUUGGACAAGUACAGGAUUUGCAGAUUUAAAAAAUAUAUCCAGGGGCCUCAAUAUACAUGAGAAAUCACUCAGUCACAUCCAGAAUCUAAUAGCUUUUAAACCCUUUGGAACUGUAAGGAUUGAUGCAGCUUUGAACGAACAGAGAAGAUUACAAAUAAACAACCACAAUGCUAAAGUAAAAGAAAACUGUGAGAUUUUAAAACAAUUAAUUAAUACAACUGUCCUCCUAGCAAGGCAGGAAUUAGCAUUUCGUGGUAACGAUGAAGGUGCAAACUCUUGGAAUCGUGGCAACUAUGUGGAGGUAGUAUAUUUUAUAGCAGAGAUCCAUGACAAAUUAGCGACGCAUUUGGAGACAGCCACAGUUUUUACUGGAUUAUCUAACAGAAUCCAAAAUGAUUUAAUAGAAUCAGUCGCUGAUGCCAUUAGAGAUGACAUAAAAAAGGAGAUCGAUGCAACCCCAUUUGUUGCUAUUGAAGUUGAUGAGACAACUGAUGUCACUAACAAAUCCCAGAUAUCUGUAGUUUUUCGUUAUGUGACGAACAAUGAGUUGACUUGUGAGGUUAAGGAGGCGUUCUUGGGAUUUGAUGAAGUGAUUGACAGACGAGCAACAGCUAUUGCUAAUUAUGUAUUUGGAGUGUUGGAGAAAUACAAUUGUUUGCAAAAGCUGGUCAGUCAGACUUACGAUGGAGCUGCUGUGAUGGCAUCAGAUUUUAAUGGGGUUCAGGCCAAGAUAAAAGAAAAAGUUCCAGAAGCAACAUUUUUCCAUUGUUAUGCCCACAAAUUGAAUCUGGUGCUUUCGCAUUCAGCAAAAUGUAUGCCUGCGUGUAAAAUAUUUUUUUCAAAACUGGAGCAUCUUGUCUCUUUUUUCAGUCACUCCACCAAGCGCACCCACCUACUGGACGAUGUGGUAAAGAAACGUUUACCAAGAGCGGCACCCACCAGAUGGAGUACAAACUCCAGACUAGUGCAGACGGUCAACAUGUACCUACCUGAUCUGCAUGCUAUGUUCGGGAUUAUAGUUGAUGAUGAAGAGAAAUGGGAGGGUGACACCGCGUUUCUUGCUUCUGGAUUUCUACAAUGGCUGAAUAAAGCAUCAACCUGCUUCCUACUUAUGGCAUAUGAGGAAAUUUUCUUAAAAACUGACGGACUCUUUCUUAUACUACAGCAUAGAGUAAUGGAUGUUGCAUUCUGCUGUGAGUCAAUUCGGGAAGUAAUGGCAUUUCUGGAACGCCAGAGACAAGACUUUGACGCUUUCUAUAAGCGAUUUGAGGACAGAUGCGUCAGAUUUGGGCUCACAGAGAAUGAGAGAGGCAAUCAGCCUAUAAGAGAUGUAAGGAGAAGGAUGUUUUAUAAUAUUCUGGACAAUGUGAUUGUUCAGAUGAAAGCCAGAUUUGAUCAUUAUGAGGAGCUAUCGUUUCUCAGUUUGGUUGACUGUACAAAACUUAAAGAAAUUGCAGAAAAUUUUGAUGACACCAAACUGCAAAGCCUAGGAAAAUACAGAAAGCACUUUGAUUUGCUUCGACUCAAAUGUGAUCUGGUGGGCUUAUACAGUGCAGAAAGAGUAAGGACUGAAUGCAAAUCACCAUUACAGCUCCUCAAUUUUGUGAUUGAGAAUGAUUUGAUGAAUGGUCUUCCAGAGGCUGUAAAAUUAUUCAAGCUGGUGCUCACAAUGCCAGCUACAACAGCUUCUGUAGAACGAUCAUUUUCUACAUUGAAAAGAAUAAAAACCCACAGUCGCAAUAGGACUGAACAGAGUUGACUUUCCUCACUGGCACUCUUGUCUAUUGAGACACCUAGACUUUUAAUGUUAAAAGCUAAAGACAAAGAGGAUUUCUACAAGAAAGUAACCGAAAAGUUUGUUUUAAAAGAAAGACGAAUGGACUUUAUUUAUAAAUGAGACUCUGUAGGUGCCCGACCACAGAAAAGAAAACAUGUCUGCAGUGCUACAAAAAAGUCCCAGUUUCAAGUGUUCAUGAUUACACCCCACCACCAGUUCGAAUUUGUUCUAUGUUAUUUAUUAAAGAGUUCUAUUUUUAAAACAAAAAA